UGCAGCAGGAUAACAGCAGUGGAUGGUUGACGGACAGCUGUCGGGAGGCGGGGCUUGGCAGGAUGGACGUGACAUCACAGCACAGGGACUUUGACGCCACUGAGGGCGGAGCUAAUAAGAGUCCCGACCAAUCACCGUGCAUCACCAGCCAGCCUACAGCCAAUGGGACGCUCCCGCAGCACACAGAGGAGGCUCCGCCCACUCGCUCUGAUAGGAUGGAGGACGGAGACAGUGGCAACGACUCUUUCACAGACAGCUGUUCCACCAAUGACAUCGCUCGACUCCUCCCCAACCACGCCCCCUCAGCGCUGCCGCUCUGGAAAAAGAAAGAGUUGAGGGAUGAAGUUUCUCCUCCGGUCUGCUCUCCUCCUCCUCCCUCGCUCUCUUCCUCUCCUCCUCCUCCUCCCUUGCUCUCUUCCUCUCCUCCUCCUCCUCCUCCCUCGCUCUCUUCCUCUCCUCCUCCUCCUCUCCCUCACUCGACCACCUGUCCCAGACACAGCAGCCUUCCUCAUCAUCAUCGUCAUCAUCAUCAUCAGAACACCAAUGACAAGCGUCUGUCCUCAUCUAAAAGCCACGCCUCCCUGAAGACGGACGCCGCCCACAUUAAGGAAGUAGCUGGAGACGACUGCUGCGUUCACUGCCUGCUGGCGUGUCUGUUCUGCGAGCUGUGGUCCAUGUGUGCGCUGCUGGGCGAGUGUGUGGCGUGCGGAGGGGGCGGGGCCGGCUGCUGCGACGCCCUCGGAGGCUGCUGCUGCGCGGAGGCGGCGGGGGGCGUGGCCUGCACCGACGAGGCGUGCCAGGCCGUGUUGGAUUGUGGGAUACUGGAGGACUGCUGCGGCUCGUCCGACUGCCUGGAGAUCUGCCUGGAGUGCUGCUCCAUCUGCUUCCCCGCCUAGAGCCAAUCACAGCCGGGCUACAGCGUGAUGUCAUCACACCGAGACGCCUCGAACCUGGAACG